UGGCUCCAUUGAAGGUUGUGACUCUUCCUAGAUUAGAACUCUGUGCUAUACAACUCUUAGCUAAGCUAAUGCAUCGAGUGAAUCAACAAUUGCAAAUAAAUAAAGAAGACAUCUUAGCUUGGUCAGAUUCAACUAUAGCUUUGUCUUGGAUUAAAAGUGAGCCUAGAAAUUGGAAAACUUUCGUAGCAAACCGAGUAAGUGAGAUUCAGACUUAUCUUCCUCCACAACACUGGAAGCACGUUAAAUCCAAAGAUAAUCCUGCAGACUAUGCGUCACGUGGGCUUAACCCAGCUACGUUAAACUCGUGUGAUCAAUGGUGGAAUGGACCAAAGUUUCUUUACGAUGAGGAGGUAACUUGGAAAGUAAAUACAAUCAAUUAUUUUGAUGUUAAGGAAGAAAGAAAGAAGACAAUGGUCGCUUUAACAGGCAAAACUGAGAUUGAAGAUCCUUUGAAUAUAAGAAAAUCAUCUUCAUGGUUAAAACUUCAACGCAUCCUUGCUUACUGCAGAAGAUUUAUCAACAACUGUAAGAAAGAAAAGAAAAACAGACAAAUAGGACAAUUAACUCCAACAGAAACAAAACAUUCAGCGAUCUGCAUUAUUCGACAUGUACAGCAGGUUUGCUUUAGAGAUGUUUUUGAAGCAAUUAAAACAAAUAACUCAAAGCACAGAUUACGCGCACUCGCACCAUUUGUUGAUGAGCAGUGCUGUCUUCGAGUUGGAGGUAGACUGCAGAAUGCAAAUAUCAGUUUUGAUGCAAAACAUCCACUACUGUUACCAGAGAAACACCAUCUCACAAAAAUCAUCGUGCAAUAUUUUCACAAGUUGCUGUUUCAUCCGAGCAUUAAUCUUUUGAUAGCUCAAAUUCGACAACUGUUCUGGAUUCCGCAUACUCGAACUUCAGUAAAGAGGUAUACUAAAGACUGUAUGGCUUGUUUUCGAGAUCGAGCUUCGGAAGAAAGUCAACAAAUGGGUGUCCUUCCACAAUAUCGUGUUCAGCAACUGCGACCUUUUUCGAAGGUUGGAAUAGAUUACGCAGGACCAUUUCCUAUUAAGGUGUCACAUGGAAGAACAACAAAACACUGGAAAUCAUAUUUAGCGUUAUUUAUCUGUAUGACUACAAAAGCAGUCCAUCUUGAAGUCGUAAGUGAUUUAACAACUGCAGCUUUUAUAGCAGCUUUGAGAAGGUUUACUUCAAGAAGAGGUAAGCCCACUGAUAUAUUUAGUGACAAUGGCACAAACUUUGUCGGUGCUAACAAUGAGCUUCGAGAGUUACUGCAAUUUUUGAAUAAAGACAGUACUAAACAGGAAGUUAUUUCAACUAGUUGUAAUCAAGGUAUAAACUGGCACUUUAUUCUUCCUCAUUCCCCACAUUUUGGCGGAUUAUGGGAAUCAAAUAUCAAAUCUGCUAAGAAACAUAUGAGAAGAAUCAUAGGCAAUCAAAUUCUUACUUAUGAAGAAUUAACCACUGUAUUUAAUCAAAUUGAAGCUUGUUUGAAUUCGCGACCUCUGACACCAAUCACUGAAGAUCCAAAUGAACUAUCAGCAUUAACUCCAGCGCACUUCCUUCUUGGGGAAGCCCUAACUUCUUUACCAGAACCUGAUCUUCAGCAUAUUAAGUUGAAUCAAUUAUCUCGAUGGCAGUUACUCCAGCGCAUGGUGCAAGACAUUUGGAAACGUUGGCAUUUGGAGUACCUGAGCCAACUACAAAAUAGACCAAAAUGGACAGAAAAAAGAAGAAACCUGCAGUACAAUGAUUUAGUUCUUGUCAGAGAAAAGAGUAUGCCACCUACAAAGUGGAUUUUGGCUAGAAUUAUAAGAACUCACCCUGGUAAGGAUGGACAUGUCAGAGUUGUCGACAUAAAAACAAAGGACGGAAUAUUUACUCGAAACAUCAAUCAGCUAUGUAGAUUGCCUGAAAACUCAAAUAAUCUUGAAAUCUAGGGAUUUCAAGGUGGGCAGGAUGGAUGGUGGGGUGAUGGAUGUUGCCACCCCGCGGACAUUAUGUUUUUUUUUGUUAUUUUCUCAUAUUUAUGUUUUACAAAUUUAUUAUUGUUUAAAUACUCCAUAAUUUAAUUUAUCUAGUUUUUUAUACAUUUUUUUACAACUGUAAUUACUUA